GAACCGGAGUGAGUUAUCUUAUCUUGCACCGCGAGAGGUCGCCACAGGAAAAUGCGGUCCAACACAAAACAGCUGAUAAUGGCAUAUCUGCAUCUUAUCUGUAUUCUCAAAGAAAGCGAACGUGUUUUAUAUUGUUUUAAGAGGAAAUUGUAUACAAUGGCAACUAAUUUUGGUUCAAUGACUAUUCCUGAAUUACGAAAGGAACUCGAAAAAUUUGGUGCAAAAAAAUCGGGACGAAAAAGAGAGCUUGUAGAAAGGCUUGAGGCAUACACACGCAAUGCCCACUGCUCCAGGACAGACCUCACUACUGCUCAAGAUUAUGUGAUGGCCUUACCUGAUCCUCAAAAAUAUGAAGAUCUAAACAGUGACAAGAAUUUUCCUGGGUGUAAUAUGGAUAACAUCACCACAUACUUGGCACAGUUCAAUAAAAAUCUGGAAUCAAAAGCAAGGAAUUUGUACAAUGAUGGAUUUAUUAAGUACAUCCAUACCACUGCAGACAAUUCCCUAUGGUAUGUUAGGAGUGCCAUUAGAGCAGAGAUGUCAAAGUCUGUAGUGUAUACUAUAGACAUUGUGAUGGAAAAUGAUGGCAACAUUGCAGAGUGUCAGUGCGAGUGUGCAGCUGGAAUGGGACCACUUGCGCACUGUAAACAUAUAUGCACAGCCCUGUAUGCAUGUCUUUCCUUUAAGACAAAUGGAAUUGUGAAAACGGAACAAACAUGCACACAAAGGCUGCAGACAUUUCACAGAGUGAGGCCACAUAGAGGAACCCCUAUGAAAGCGAAUAACCUGGACAUGCCGGGAUGUGAUGAAGUUUGUAAUUUUGCUGAUGGAUUUGAUCCGAGGCCAAUAGAAUAUAGGAACAAUCCAGGAUAUAAAUCAUACUUCCAGAAUGUAUGCCUUUCUUAUCCAGGAGUAAGCAAGACUCCUAUAUUUCAAACUUUCCCUCCAGCAAAUAUGAGGGGAAUUGAUGUGGACCAUGACUAUUUUACUUUUCAAGGUAGCUGCGAGUAUUUGAACAGUAUAAAUGUUUCAAAGAUAACAGAAGAAGAGGCACGGAUUCUUAAUUUAAAUACAGCAAAACAGGCUGCAUGCAAUAUGUGGCACGAAGAAAGAUGCAAGCGUCUGCACUCUUCUGUGUUUGGCAGAAUCUGCAAAAUGACUGAUAGAACAGACAAAGUAAAACUAGCAGAGACACUUGUUACGAAACAACGUCGACUCCAUUCAGCUCCAAUUCUCCAUGGACAAAAGUUUGAAAAAGUUGCCAUAAAAAAAUUCCAGGACAUAACUGGACAUACAGUAUAUGACACAGGAAUUUGUGUAAGCCUAACAAAUCCCUAUUUGGCUGCUUUACCUGAUGGCAUCAUUGAUGAAGACACUGUUGUUGAAGUGAAGUGCCCUUAUGUGGCAAGGAACGAAAUGAUUUCUCGACAGACAGUCCCUUAUAUAAGACAGAACAAUGGUACAUUUUCAUUGGACAAAAACCAUGACUAUUAUUAUCAAGUUCAAGGACAACUUUUUUGUGCAGAGAAAAAAACUUGUUUCUUUAUUGUGCAUACAUUCAAUGAUAUUUUAUUUUUCCAAAUUCAAAGAAACGAUACUUUCAUUUCAGAGAUGAUAGGAAAACUAAAGUUUUUCUAUGAAAAUAAUUUUAGGCCUGCUGUUCUGGAAAAAAAUUAUUUUAAAUCUUAUGAAGACUGUCAUUGUCCAAAAUAA